UCAUAGUAGCUUGACAUCAACCCCCUUCUUCCCUGCGCUUCUGCUUCGCUAAACCGCUCAACCUUGAAACGCACACACACACUAUCACCCACUAAAAUUACACACACACAAUCACUUUGUAUAUCCAUCUUUUUCACCCCCCGCCCCCGCCCCCCCAUGUGCUUCUGCUACUUCACUCUCAUCUCUCAACUGUAGCCCCCCAUUUUUGGACUGUAAAAAACUCACCUCCAAAAGGGGAAGAAGAAGAAGAAGAAGAAAAAAAAAAUGGUGUUCAAGGGCAGAUUUUUCUCUUCAAAGAAAUCGGAUACUUCAAGCCCAGAUGGAUCAUCCAACAGCCCUCGAUCUUUCGGGUCGAACUCCAAUUCCCCGAUCCGAUCCGAUAAGAAAAAGCCCAAAUCCCUAUCGCCUUCCAUUUCCAAGGACAUCUCCCCCUCACCCUCCGCCGCCACCACCCCCACCAGCGCCGCCAAGAGCUUCCUCAAGAAGAAGGACCCCUUCAAAGGUAGAGAUACCGUCAAUUUAACCAAGCCCACCUCCGUAAUUUUGACUUCCUCCAAGUUGAAGAAGUCCGACGAGUCAUCUCCGGCGGCUGCGGCGGCGGCGGCGCCUCUUGCCCCCACCCCUGUGUCUGUGUCGCCGAUAGUGGCGUCGUCGUUGGGGUUGAACAAGAUAAAGACUCGAUCGGGGCCGUUGCCGCAGGAGAGCUUCUUCAAUUUUGGGAGCAGGGAGAAGGGAGCUGCUCUGGGUUCGAGUAACUUGUCUCGGCCGUUUGCAGGUGUGGGUGGUGGUGGCGGCGUUGGUGCGAGUGAUGGGGUUUUGAGUGUUAAUAAAAAGAAGAAGGAGAAAUCGUUUCUUGAAAAUAUCGAAAACGGGAGUAAUUCGGAUAGUAUGUCGACUGAGAGCGGUGCAUCGAGAGAUCAGAGCCCACAUAUAUUCCAGGCUCACGAACGAUCGAGGCUCCAAAAUGCAGAGUCGUCAUCUGGAGCUACUGGUCAAUUUGAUUCAUCAUGGGGUGAUCCUGGAAUUCUCAGAAGUUCAGAUGCAUGUACUCCAGAGAUGAAGGCAUCAUUUGAAUGUGAUAAUCCCAAAGAGUCCGAAUCUCCACGCUUUCAAGCUAUACUCCGCGUUACAAGCGCGCCUAGGAAGAGGUUUCCUGGCGAUAUCAAAAGUUUCUCUCACGAAUUGAAUUCCAAAGGCGUACGACCCUACCCGUUUUGGAAGCCGAAAAGGUUAAAUAACCUGGAGGAGGUUUUAUCUAUGAUUAGGACAAAAUUCGACAAAGCAAAAGAAGAAGUGGACUCAGAUCUGCAUAUUUUUGCCGCAGAUUUGAUCGGUAUUUUAGAAAAGAACGCAGAAAUGCAUCCAGAAUGGCAAGAGACUAUAGAGGACUUGCUGGUAUUGGCUCGAAGCUGUGCCAUGACUUCACCUGGAGAUUUUUGGCUUCAAUGUGAAGGCAUAGUGCAAGAGUUGGACGAUAGACGUCAAGAACUUCCAAUGGGCGUUUUAAAGCAGCUCCACACACGAAUGCUUUUUAUACUCACCAGAUGUACUAGAUUAUUACAGUUCCAUAAAGAGAGUGGGUUAGCCGAGGACGAACAUGUUUUUCCUAUUCGUCAAUCACUUCAACCCGCAGAAAAACUAGUUCCUCCGGGCCCCGAAAGGGAUUUAAAGUUGCCGAAUGACGUAAAAUCUUUGAAGGUUACCUCGACGAGGAAGUUCCACAGUCAAGAACAAUCCGAGUGGAAGAGCGAGCGCCCUGCUGUACCUGGAAAAUUUCCAUCUCCCCUCGCCGAAACCACGAAAGAUAACCUAGACUCUGGUGCUAGUAGGAAUCGUAUGGCAUCUUGGAAGAAAUUUCCCUCUCCUGCAAAAAGCCCCAAAGAAGCUCCUUCAGUCAACGAGGAUAUUGUUGAAGUUUCGACUAUACUAGAAAAUCAAAGAGAAAUCAGUGAUACCGAGGUAGCUAUUGCCAAGGUGACUGAGCACAAAGGGCCCACCCCAAUUCCUAAGCACCAGCACAAAGUCUCGUGGGGGUAUUGGGGUGAUCAACCUGGUGUCGAAGAGAGUUCGAUAAUAUGUCGGAUUUGUGAAGAAGAGGUCCCAACUUUGCACGUGGAAGACCAUUCAAGAAUAUGUGCAAUUGCCGAUAGAUGUGAUCAAAAGGGUAUAAGAGUCAAUGACCGUCUCCUUUCAAUCGCUGAUACUCUCGAGAAACUGAUGGAAUCUAUAACGGGGGGGGCAAGGACUUUGGCUAAAGUGUCGAACUCGAGUUUGACCGAAGAGUCGGAGCUUGUUUCUCCAAAGUUUAGUGACUGGUCUCGUAGAGGCUCUGAAGAUAUGCUUGACUGUUUUGCUGAGGUGGAUAAUAAUAAUACUCCCAUGGAUGAUAUGAAGGUUUUGCCGUCCAUAUCGUGUAGGACGAGAUUCGGUCCGAAGUCUGAUCAAGGAAUGACGACAUCAUCGGCUGGAAGUAUGACGCCGAGGUCGCCGUUGAUGACACCUCGGACGAGCCCAAUUGACUUGCUUUUGUCCGGGAAAGGUGCUUUCUCAGAACAUGGCGAUCUUCCUCAGAUGAGUGAACUUGCUGAUAUCGCGAGAUGUGUGGCAAAUACACCCUUGGAUGAUGAUCGCUCUUUGCAGUAUCUUCUUUCUUGUCUCGAAGACUUGAAAGUUGUCAUAGAUCGUAGAAAAUUCGACUCCCUGACAGUAGAUACAUUUGGAGCUCGUAUAGAGAAAUUAAUCCGGGAGAAGUAUUUGCAACUAUGCGAACUAGUUGAUGAUGACAAGGUUGAUAUAACAAGCACUGUAAUCGAUGAAGAUGCUCCUUUGGAAGAUGAUGUUUUGCGUAGUCUUCGAAGUAGCCCAGUUCAUUCUUCCAAAGACCGUACCUCAAUAGAUGACUUCGAGAUUAUAAAACCAAUUAGUCGUGGGGCAUUUGGUCGAGUUUUCCUUGCGAAGAAGAGAACGACCGGCGAUUUGUUUGCAAUAAAGGUUCUAAAGAAAGCAGAUAUGAUACGGAAGAAUGCAGUUGAGAGUAUUUUGGCAGAACGAGAUAUUUUGAUAUCUGUUCGCAAUCCUUUUGUGGUCCGCUUCUUCUAUUCAUUCACUUGUCGUGAAAACCUGUAUCUUGUAAUGGAGUACUUAAAUGGCGGAGAUCUUUAUUCCUUAUUGAGAAAUCUGGGUUGCUUAGAUGAAGAUGUUGCUCGUGUAUACAUUGCCGAAGUAGUGCUUGCUUUGGAAUAUUUACAUUCUCUCCGUGUGGUCCAUCGUGAUCUGAAGCCUGAUAAUUUGUUGAUUGCACAUGAUGGCCAUAUUAAGUUAACAGACUUUGGGCUAUCAAAAGUGGGUCUUAUCAACAGUACCGAUGAUUUGUCGGGCCCGGCUGUUAGCGGAACAUCUAUUAUGGAAGAAGAUGAACCACCAUUAUCUGCAUCUGAGCAUCAGCAAGAAAGACGUAAAAAGCGCUCUGCUGUGGGUACACCAGACUACUUAGCACCCGAGAUUCUUCUAGGAACUGGGCAUGGAUUUACUGCUGAUUGGUGGUCUGUGGGUGUUAUUCUGUUCGAGUUGAUUUGUUGCAUCCCUCCUUUCAAUGCUGAAACCCCCCGGAAAAUAUUUGACAACAUUCUAAAUCGGAAGAUUCCUUGGCCUUCGGUUCCUGAUGAGAUGAGCCUCGAAGCUCAUGAUUUAAUUGAUCGAUUACUGACCGAAGAUCCCGACCAGAGACUUGGAGCUGUAGGAGCUAAAGAGGUCAAGCAACAUCCGUUUUUCCGAGAUAUUAACUGGGACACCCUUGCAAGACAGAAGGCUGCUUUUGUACCUGCAUCGGAGGGUGCAAUGGAUACGAGUUAUUUUACGAGCCGUUACUCAUGGAACCCUUCGGACGAGCAUGUUUAUGCUGGUAGUGAUUUUGAAGAUUCCAGUGAUAAUGGCAGCUUAAGUGGUACCAGUAGUUGCCCUAGCAAUCGGCACGAAGAAGUGGGAGAUGAAUGUGUGGGGCUCGCGGAAUUCGAUUCCAGCAGCAAUAUCAACUACUCCUUUAGCAACUUCUCGUUUAAGAAUCUUUCUCAGCUUGCUUCGAUCAAUUACGACCUACUCUCUACUAAAGGUUGGAAAGACGACCCAUCUUCGAAUUCGAGCGCGUAGCCAUGUGGCCUUUUUUCGUCAGUAUUUUAUAUAUAUAUACAUAGUUUCUAUUCCUUUUGUAAAUGUAUUGUGCAUUAUUUUUCUCAGGUUUUUCUUUUUUCCCUUGUCAUUUCGUAUUGUGAAAGUAUACCAUAUUUUUACAGUAUAAAUGUACCGAGGGGUUGUUAUUUUAU